ACGGCCUCCAGGCUGAGGAGGGCUCCAGAUAUGGGAUGACGUAGUGACCGUAGAGGGAGAGGCAGCGGUUCCUUCGACCAGACCACAUCAUCGACAGUCGUCACGACACAGAAAGCAGCUCGAAGACCCUAAAAUACUCGAUAUUACAAACUCACAUGGAUGCAUAUGAACGUGUAUAUCGGCUAACUUUGGUAAAUUAGACUCGCCUGACCAUUGCCUAAAGGCUACACACAUCCAUAGCCUAUGAAUUCGGGAACUAUCGCUGCGUGGAAGUGUAACGUUUUAUGGAGGCUUGGAGACGUAGGGGAGCGAGGAGCAGAAGGGGGUAAACUGAAGAUCGACACACCAAACUGGGAACAUUGGACAUAUUCUGCUGGCUACGAGUGACCCACACGCACGGGACAGGGUGGAAACAUGGCCGCGAAUGUCAAUUUAACAUCUGGGAUGGGAGAAAUUAUUCAACUGAACGUUGGUGGGACAAGGUUCAGCACCUCUAGACAGACUCUCAUGUGGAUCCCAGACUCUUUCUUCUCAAGUUUGCUGAGUGGGAGAAUAUCAACUCUACGUGAUGAAACUGGAGCUAUAUUUAUUGACAGGGACCCGACAGCCUUUGCGCCCAUUUUGAAUUUUCUUCGAACCAAAGAGUUAGACUUACGGGGGGUAAACAUUAACAUUCUCCGCCAUGAAGCUGAGUUUUAUGGGAUAACGCCAUUAGUGAGGAGGUUGCUGCUGUGUGAGGAAAUAGAACGUUCGUCCUGUGGCAGUGUUCUGUUCCAUGGAUACCUUCCCCCUCCAGCUCUCCCAGCCCGUAAGUUCAGCUCUACCCCUGCAGCCUCGGGCCCUGCCCCUGAGGAUCGGCCUGGUCCUACCGGAGCAGAGGGGGGGUUCCCCCAUACCUGUCCCCCCCACCCCUCACUCCCCGGACCCCCUGGAGCCGAGGGACCACACAGACUGGGUGCUGUGGUGGACCCUAGGAAGGUGCUUAUUGUAGCUGGACAUCAUAACUGGAUCGUAGUGGCUUAUGCACACUUUGUCAUCUGCUACAGGAUAAAAGAGUCGUCGGGGUGGCAGCAGGUGUUUUCUAGCCCCUAUCUGGACUGGUCCAUCGAGAGAAUCGCCCUUAACGCCAAGGUGGUGGGUGGUCCCCAUGGUGAUAAGGACAAGAUGGUGGCAGCUGCCUCCAAUAGCAACAUCAUCCUCUGGAGCAUCCAAGACGGAGGGAGUGGCAACGAGAUAGGUGUGUUUAGUCUCGGUGUACCUGUAGAUCAUCUGUUCUUCAUCGGGAACCAGCUGGUGGCCACCAGUCACACUGGGAAGGUGGGAGUCUGGAACGCUGUCACACAGCACUGGCAGGUGCAGGAUGUAGUUCCCAUCACCAGCUGUGACACGGCCGGCUCCUUUCUGCUACUGGGCUGCAACAACGGCUCCAUCUACUACAUAGACAUGCAGAAGUUUCCUCUGAGGAUGAAGGAUAAUGAUCUGUUGGUGACAGAGCUGUACCACGACCCGUCUAAUGACGCCAUCACUGCCCUCAGUGUCUACCUCACGCCCAAGACCAGUGUGAGUGGUAACUGGAUAGAGAUAGCGUAUGGAACCAGUUCUGGAGCAGUCCGGGUCAUAGUUCAACACCCUGAGACAGUAGGCUCUGGACCUCAGCUCUUCCAAACCUUUACUGUCCACCGCUCCCCUGUCACUAAGAUCAUGCUCUCGGAGAAACACCUGGUCUCAGUGUGUGCGGACAACAACCACGUGCGGACGUGGACGGUGACGCGGUUCCGAGGCAUGAUCUCCACGCAGCCUGGCUCCACCCCCCUUGCCUCCUUUAAGAUCCUCUCAUUGGAGGAGACGGAGAGCCACGGCAGCUACUCAUCAGGCAACGACAUCGGUCCGUUUGGGGAGAGAGACGACCAGCAGGUGUUCAUUCAGAAGGUCAUCCCCGUCACCAACAAGCUGUUUGUUCGCCUCUCCUCCACCGGGAAAAGGAUCUGUGAGGUGGCGGCAGUGGAUGGGACCACCAUCUCGUGUUUCACGGUGAGGGAGUGCGAGGGUUCUAGCAGGAUGGGUUCUAGACCCAGGAGGUACCUCUUUACUGGCCAUGGCAACGGCAGCAUUCAGAUGUGGGACCUCACCACCGCUAUGGACACCGCCAACAAGGGAGAGGAGAAGAAGACUGACGAGGUGGGCGGACCAACAGAGGAGGAGCUGCUGCAGCUAUUGGACCAGUGUGACCUCAGCACCUCCCGCUGUGCCACGCCCAACAUCAGCCCCGCCCCUUCGGUGCUGCAGCACAGCCGCCUCCGAGAGUCCUGCUCCAGCCUCCAGCUGCAGGCCCAGGAGCCCAUCCCAGAGACGGCCACCUACGGAGCCCUGCGACCCUACAGAGAGAGCCCCCUGCUGGCCCACGCCCGCCGCACAGAGUCCUUCCACAGCUACAGAGACUUCCAGAACUUCUCCCUGGGGACAGGUCUGCUGGAGAGCCCCGGACAGGCUCCAGGACAGGGGGCAGGCCUAGGUACAGAGGCCCGAACCCGGUCACUGUGCGAGGCUGGGGGAGAGGAGGGCGAGCGGAGGGGCUCGGCCAUGGAGCUCUGGGCUAGCCGAAGCGCUAACGCCGAUGUCGUUGCUAAUGCUUCCGUGGUCACAGGUGGCGCCACUGCCGAAGAGGGCGUUUUCAUAUCGCCACGGCAACCCCCCGACAGUCCUGGAGGAGACGCUUGGCGAAGGGUCCAAUUGGAAGAGGAGGGGGCGGGGUUAGGAUCAGUGGCGGAGGCUAGGUCUGAGGUGAGAAGGAAGGGAGGGUUUGAGGGGGCAGUAUUUCUGGGCAGAAAGAGAGCACCUCCAGUCCCCCAGCUCACCUCGCUCCCCUCGGUGGUGUCUGAGGGGGGAGGCAGUGACUCCUCCUCCACUGCCUCCCCCUCCCCCACCCAGCUGGCUUCCAUUUCCCCCCGGCACAGGAAGUGCAGUGAGCCGGCCAAUCAGGACAGCAGCCUGUGAGUUACGGACAGCUCUGACGCAGACACGCCCCUGGUGUCAGUCAGUCAACAGCUCUACGGAGAAGUUACUCCCCUAUCCACUGAUCUAGGACCAGCCUACCCUCCCCAAAUUCUAACCUUAACCAUUAGGAGUAAAACACACUAAACUGACCUUAGAUCAAUGUUUGGGACAACUUCAUCUCACAGGCAAUAUUCUAGACUGCCACAGUAUGACAUCUCAAAAGAAGCCCGUUAUUCUCAGUCAAGAGAAGAAACUUGACGCCUGCUGGAGGUCGCUAACUAGCCUAAGGGUGAUCUUCUAGUUCCGAGCAUGACUUUAACCCUUCGGAUCUCUCCAUCAUGGCUGUAAUCUGGUAGCUUCACAAGUGGUCCUCCAAUGUUUGUUCCAGUAGUCCACUCAUGAUAUAAGUAGGACUUUGUGUUAGAGGCAUAUACUGUAGUUUAUCGACUAUUAACACAAAGUGCUAGAUAUGUUUAUUUCCCCCUUGUGGUUGUCGUCACUUUCACACACACUUAUAGUUUUGGGUUCACAGGUUGUGCACCUCCACACAACACAAAGUCAUGCUGUUCAACCAGCCAGUAGCCUGUGUUUUAGACCUGCCUGAAUUCUACGCUACACAGUAAGUCGCCUUAUUUCUCUUUUCUUCUUCGUCGAAACAGACCCGACAUCUCAUGCUGAAGGUCAAAGUGACUUUGCAUGGCAUUCUAUGUUAUUUUAAAUGUAAGGAAUCAUGCUUAGUGCCUUUUCUAACAUUAGCCAUAGUCUAAAUAUCCACCUGUCCUUUCAGUGAUGUAGAGAGGAAGUAGACCAAAUGUUGAAUGGAGGAUAUCUGUCUAUAGUCUAUGCAGUGUGUCCAGUGACGUCACAGGUUGGAUAGCUGCUAUUAUCGUCACUCCUGUCACCCAACAGUAGCUUUCAGAUGGAGGGAGAGAAGAGAGAGAGUUGUCAGUGGGGCCCAUCCUCCCUCCACCCCAUCACUAGACUAGACCUGG